UCUCUGUUGUUUGAGAUGUCUAUGAUUUUGUCGGCCUCCGUCGUUCGUGUUAGAGAUGGACUGCCACUUUCUGCUUCCACCGACUGUGACCAGGGCACAGGCGUGCAGGAGUGCAGGAAGUACUUUAAAAUGCUCUCAAGGAAACUCGCUCAGCUUCCUGAUAGAUGUACACUGAAAACUGGACAGUACAACAUUAAUUUUAUUAGCUCUUUGGGAGUGAGCUACAUGAUGUUGUGCACUGAAAAUUAUCCAAAUGUUCUGGCCUUCUCUUUCCUGGAUGAGCUUCAGAAGGAGUUCAUUACUACUUAUAACAUGAUGAAGACAAAUACUGCUGUCAGACCAUACUGUUUCAUUGAAUUUGAUAAUUUCAUUCAGAGGACCAAGCAACGAUAUAAUAAUCCCAGGUCUCUUUCAACAAAGAUAAAUCUAUCUGACAUGCAGACAGAAAUCAAGCUGAGGCCCCCUUACCAAAUUUCCAAGUGUGAACUGGGUUCGGCCAAUGGAAUUACACCUGCAUUUUCUGUUGACUAUAAAGGUGCUGGUAAGAUUUCUUCUGCUCACCAGCGAUUGGAACCAGCAACUCUAUCAGGAAUUGUGGCAUUUAUCCUUAGUCUUUUAUGUGGCGCUCUGAAUUUAAUUCGAGGCUUUCAUGCCAUAGAAAGUCUCCUGCAGAGUGAUGGUGAGGAUUUUAAUUACGUCGUUGCAUUUUUCCUUGGAACAGCAGCCUGCCUCUACCAGUGUUAUUUACUUGUCUACUACACCAGCUGGCGGAAUGUCAAGUCUUUUUUGACUCUUGGCCUCAUCUGUCUGUGCAACAUGUAUCUCUAUGAACUGCGCAACCUCUGGCAGCUUUUCUUUCACGUGACCGUGGGAGCAUUUGUCACGCUGCAGAUCUGGCUCCGGCAAGCCCAGGGAAAGGCCCCUGAUUAUGAUGUCUGACACCAUCCUGAGGACCGAGUGCCUUGGCUUCGGCAGAGAAGGAAGGAGUAUGUUUUUAACUGCCACUGUGACGAAUAAACUGUUCACCACCAAUGAGAAGCUCUGCUUUCUUUCUCCCCAGCUGUCCUUUUAGUUUGAAGUCGGAGGGCAUGCCUGGGAGCAUCUUCCUCCAAGAAGAGCCUUUGGCCUGAGGUGAUGCUGGAGGAGGAAGAGAAGCCCUUUGUGCAGCAUCAGGCACAGGCUCCUGGGCACUGGCCAGCAGUCUGGGACCCUGGUGAAGCACGCCAUCAGCAAACACCUGCGGCCCGUCUCUGAGGACCAGGCAGGAGCCCUCAACCUGGCCUGGCCCCCGAGGCUGCCGUCCGAGCAGUGGAGGUUGGAAGCAAGUGACUGCUCGCUCUCAGAUUAUUUGCACAUUUUGGGUGCCAUGAGUUCGUAAAGUUCAAAGUGGUAUGGAAUUAGUUCUUUUUCCUUUUGUAGUUUUGCUUGGAAUUCAACAGUGGAAAUCACCUGAUGUAGGAGAAGGCUAUGGAAAGCUCAUCUGUGGAACAUCAAGUGUUGAAACCAUAGUGACAUACGCUUCCUUUCUGGGCCAUGUCCGUAGUUCUUUUGAAAUCACUUUUAAAAAAUAAGAUUUGUUAGGUUUUAGCUAUUGUUUCCCAAACUUAAAUUACUUAGAUGCUACAUAUGCUGUUACUUAAUGGUAAAAAUCUAAGUUUGCUUAAUUUAAAAAUCUAAAAAACAUUAAACUUUCUCAUAUCAAAUCCCUGGCAUGAUCCCGUGUACUGCCAGGAGUGACCCCCAAGUCCCUACAAAUACCACUGGGUGUGGCCCACAAAAUAAAAAUCAAUCAGUCGGUAAGCUAUUUUAAAAAGAAACAUAUCUAAGUGGAAAGCGAGCAUCAGUUUGCCAUAAAUAAAAGGUAACUACAAAAUCAACAAAAUUAAAUUUUAUUAUUUAUUAAAUGUUGGGCCGGAGCAAUAGCACAGUGGGUAGAGUGUUUUCCUUGCACGCAGCCGACCCAGGUUUGAUUCCUCCAACUCUCUCGGAGAGCCCUGCAAGCUACCGAGAUUAUGUCGCCUGCAUGGGAGGCCUGCCAAGCUACCCGUGGCGUAUUCGAUAUGCCAAAAACAGUAACAAGUCUCACAAUGGAGAGACGUUACUGGUGCCUGCUUGAGCAAAUCGAUGAGCAGCAGGAUGACAGUGACAGUGGCAGAGUGAUUAAAUGUUAGCAGUGCCUACCAAGGCUCAGUCCAAGAGGUCCUUUGUUGGCUGUAGUAAGAGAGAUGUUAUCCAGCGCCAGACCGUCUGCCAAGCCCCCAGAAAGAUGAGAGGAUCGCAGAGGGAACGGCUUCGUCCCUGUCGCUCACCACAGCUUGUGUACGUGUGUUACAGGCUUGUCCACGCGUGCCUGUGCUCUAUCGAGGGCCUGCGUACCUGCGACUGAAAGAACCAGCCUGGGUGCCACCAAGGGUGAGGUUCUUUGGGACAGAAGCCUAUUCUCAGACAAGCAGCGGAUCAUUUUUCACCCAGCAGCCCUUGGGGGGAGUGAGAUAGUAUUUCAGGGAACUUACUUGCUUUUGAAUCCUGUUACGAAGAGUGGUGUUUUUUUUGGGGGGGAGGGGUUGCUUUUUGGGUCACACCCAGUGAUGCUCAGGGGUUACUCCUGGCUCUGCACUCAGGAAUUACUCCUGGUGGUGCUCAGGGCACCAUAUGGGAUGCUGGGAAUCGAAUCUGGGUUGGCCGCGUGCAACACAAAUGCCCAACCCACUGUGCUAUCUCUCCAGCCCCCUGUUAGGAAGACUGUUUAAACAGUUCUGAUGUAAACCUACCGGAGGCACGGUUUGAUUCCAUUAGCAAAGUCUGUGACUCUUCCAGUAUUGGAAGUCAUCUUCAUGGGAGAUUUCCUUUUCCUUCUCAAAAGAAAAAUUCCAAGUCAGGAAUUCAUAUGGUAUUACAAGUUGCUAUCUAGAAAAACAGUGGACCCAUGACAUAGAACUCGUGUUAUGAGAGUAUGUAAUAUUAAGUAAAAGGAAUGGAGAGGCAGCAAAUUCAUUGAGCUUCCUAGUUUGCUGGGGCAGGUAUGUACUUAUGUCUACAAUUCUAAAAUCUAACUCCUAUCUUUGUGCUGCAUUGAAUAGAAUGGAAUGAAAGGGAGACAAUGAACUUUUAAUAUCAGGUAUUUAUUUUAAAACAAAUUAGUAUUCUGAAAGAUUUUCUGGGAUACCACAUAAUCCCAGAUAAUCAGUUUAAAAAAAUUUUUUAAAUUUGUUUUGUCAUUACUGACCCAGAAAAGUGAAGAUGUUUCAUUUGGAAUAGUUUUUCUAAAAGAAUAGCUAGCUUAAAAUUUUCCUUGUGAUGGGGCUGGAGCGAAAGCACAGUGGGUAGGGCAUUUGCCUUAUACUCGGCCGACACGAGUUUGAUUCCCAGCAUCUCACAUGGUCCCCCGAGCAUUGACCGCCAGGAGUAAUUCCUGAGUGCAGAGCAGGAGAAACCCUGGAGCAUUGCCAGGUGUGACCCCCCAAAAAAAAAAUUUCCUGUGAGCAAUCAGUUUAAAGAGGAAUUUGGAGCAUUCUGAAUAACUGCAGUUUUGCUAUUAUGUAUUGAUACUCUACAGUUUUCUUACCAGAUUGGUUCUUCUUUUCAUUGCAUUUUUGAAUUAUAGUAUUUGUAAUUUGGAUUCAUUCCACAAAGACACCAGCUAUCUUUAAAGACAAUUUGCUUUUUGUUUUUGUUUUUCACAAACUGCUUUGGAUAAGGGAAUGUUUACAUUUUGAUGGUAGCAACUGAAAACAGGUAUAAACACUGUUUCACUGUACAGAAAUGCUUGCUUUCAUUAUUCGUGUGGCAUCUGAGUGUUCCUGUAUCUGCCCAACUUCUCGUGUUGUUGCCAGAGAAACUGAAUUUGGAUGAAGACAUUUCCCCGGAGUCCAGA